UGUUGUUGUUGUUGCUGUUGUUGUUGUUGUUGUCGUCGUCGUCGUCGUUGUUAUCGCUGUUGUUGUUGUUGUUGCAGUUGCUGUUGUUGUUAUUGUUAUUGUUGUUAUUGUUACUGUUGUUACGUCCUUUCUACGCGUUUGGUGCCAAAACGUUUUCGGAUCGGUUUGUUAAUCGUCGUUGUAAAAAAGAGAAAACAUCGGGGAGAAUCGACGUCGGGGACGUUUGACUUUCUUUUUUUUUUUUUUUUUCGUUAAAUCUUCUUCUUCUUCUUCUUCUUCUAUUUUUUUUUUUUCUUUUUUUAUAUUUUCCAAUUGCAUAUCUCUCAAAUCUCCUUUUUUUUCUCUUUUCCGAAACAACACGCAUUUUUUUUCCGAUCGGUUUACCAGGAACGAAGGGACGAAGCGAUCUUCCGACACCAUGAAACUUACGCUCUUCACAUUAUUAGCUUUGUGCCUAAUAGCUCUCUGCAGGUCGGCCGAUGAGGAAUACGAUUACGAGGAAGAGGCAGUGGCCGCUGUGACCCCAGCCCCAAGUAAACCAGCACCUGGUAGACUGGGAGGACUCUUAUCCUCGAGAGGACGAGUCAACGUCGGUGGAAGAAAAGCAACGCCGGCACAAUCUACGACCGCUAAACCAGUCGAGCAACAGCCAUUGGAAGAGGAAGAAGAGGGUGAGGAACCGCUCGAGGAGAUUCACGAACAAGAGGAGAUCGUCACUACGACGACCGAAUCUUUGAAAAAGGUUCGAGGCGGUGUUAGACCUUUCAGAUCAAACGAGGAUCUGAUAGCCGCAUUGAAAAGGCGACGUGCUCAGACUGGACCAAGUAGUCAUACUCGUGAAACCUCAGGUACACAGGCUCAAACGGAAUCAACGACUCCGAAGUCGAGAACGUCGGCGAGCGGCCGCAAUAAAGCUGGUAAUUCGGGUGGAGGAGAAUCAAGGACAACAACAGCGAGCCGUGGCAGAUUUGGUUCAUCGAGAGGUAAACCUGUUCAAGAAGAGGUCGAGGAAACGCAACAAGAAGAAAUCCAAGUUAAACCUAAACCUUAUCGUAGGGGAUAGAUAUCGAAAGGUUUUUAAGAAUCAUAAGAAAAGAAAGAUAGAUAGAGAUAGAGAUAGAGAUAGAGAUAGAGAUAGAGAUAGAGAUAGAGAUAGAUAGAUAGAGAUAGAUAGAUAGAUAGAGAGAGAGAGAGAGAGAGAGAGAGAGAGAGAGAGAGAGAGAGAGAGAGAGGAGAGAGAAAUCCUUUCUCUUACCUAACUUUCCGCAAAAGCAAACGAUCAAAGUUUCUCUAAAGCGUAACAUAGCAGCAAGAAACGAUCUUUAUCUUCGUCCUUGUCCACGUGUCCUUGACCUUGCCUUUUGCUUUUGCGUAUUAUAGAAGUAGAUAAUAUUAAUUAACCUUAAGUUAAAUUCAAAACGAAACAAGAAGACGUAACCUAUGGAAGAAAAGUAAAAAAAAUGAAACAAAAAAACAAAAAAAAAGAACAAAAAGAAAAAAAAUAAAUAAAUAAAUAAAAAACGAAACAAAAAAAGAAUAUAAAGAUCGUCCACGAUCGAGCUUUUUUAUCUUCUAUCUAUAACGUGAUUCAUUAUUCUUUUCGAACUUAAACAAUUAUCUUCGUCUUAUCUUUUGUAAGGGUUUUUGUUUCCUUUUUUUUUUUUUUCUUUUUUUUUUCUUUUUUUUUCUAACAAAUUAUAUGCAAAAAGAAAAGCUUCUUUAUUUAAUUAUAUCUAUUAGAUCAUUAUUUCAAAGGCAAAUAAAAGCUCAUGAUUUUUUUUUUAUAGAUCGUAUAUACUCAAAUGCGACGAUCUC